GGGUGUGGCCUGUGUCAAUCAACCUGCAGUGUGUCAACAUGAACCCAUAAAGUUAAUAACUGAUCAGUGAUUAUCAGCAAGAGGAAAUUAUCAGGUCAGAUAGUUCUGACGGAAGUACAUCAGUGCUGCAUGAUGACGUCAUCACCUCACUUCCUGUAGAACACCAGCAGGAAGUACCUGCAAUGUAAAGUGAUUUACAGUAGCUCACCAUUAACAUCAGCUGAAGGCAGAUUCAGGUAACAACGAAGAAAGUACCGCCUUCUGGUUCUGGUUCUGCCAGGUCCAGUUCAGAACCAGCUUCUCCUGGUCUGGAGGACUCUGGUCCUCAUCGGGAUGGGAGGAUCAGCAGUGAUGGAGGAGCUAUGAGGCUAGAGACUGUUCUCCCUUAGUAGGUCAAAGGUCAAAGGCAUCAUAUGCAGCUUCUAAGCACGGUGGUGGAGGGUUGGUGAUAUGGGCUUGAUGUGGAGCAGGAUCUCCUCUGAUAUCCAAACUGUUCAUCUUUCCAUCAGCUGAAGCUCGGGCCAUCAUAGGUCAUCAACAGAACCAUGAUCCUGAACCCAGCAACAGAUCUACAUCAGAAUGGCCUAGUCAAAGUCCUGAUGCGCUUUUCAGAGGAAUGAGCAGAACCCCCAGUGAGUGACUGAUGGUGUCAGACAGAAACUGAAGGAGGUUCUACUGGCUAAUGGAUUAGGAGUUGCACUCAGUUUUUCACUCACUGGUUCUGAAGUUUUUCAUCCGUUUAAAAAAUAAAAACAAAUUGUAGUAAAAUUGUUCCAGACCUGUUCUGAACCUCAACCAGAACCCAUCCAAAACCUUUUCCAGGUCAGGUUUAAUCAUAAUCACGGCUUUGAGCUUUUCAACCUGAGCAGAACCAGAACCAGAACCAGUCUCAGUCAGUCUGAUGGUUCUUCCUCCAUCUUGUUCUGUAGUAUGAAACUCGCACAUUUUCACAGAAAACUACAAACCUGCGGAGCUACGCGUUGACGUCAGGACCCUACGUCACUGUAGAGGAAUGUGCGGAAACUUCUGCCUAGUUUUCUAACAGCGCUGACCGUCGAAGGAAAACCUUCCAAGAACAGGAAAGUCUCCAGGAAAGUCUCUGGAAGUUCGGAGCCUUGGCGCUGAAACCCGGUGAGCCUUCAGAACCGUAAAGUUCUGCCGAUCGACCCUCGCCGUCUGGUCUCUGCAGCUUCCUGUGGGUGGAGCCCGGUCGUCAUGGCGACUCAGACCAUGUUCUCAGCUGGGAUGUAUCCUGUGGGCGUCUCUCUGGCGGAGGACGGGCCGUGCCUCAGCGACCUGCCCCGGAACACGCUGCCCGCCCCUCAGCUGGUGAUGCUGGCUAACGUGGCAGCGGUGACGGCGGCGGAGGGCGGCGACGGUGGCAGCAUGGCUGACGAGAAGGAGAUGAUGGAGCUGAAGACGGUGGGAUGCGGCUACUCUGACAGUGAAGACGAGGGCGUCAUCAGGUACAGCUACGACAACCAGAACCACCGCGAGGUGUGCAUCGUGGAGUACCCAGAGUCCCCGAACCCGGCCUCCCAGACCGUCACCAUCGGCGGCAGCAGAGAGGAUGAGGAGAACCCCCCCACUGAGAAACAGCCCCCCUCCAUUAAGCCCCGCCCUUCCACCAUUUCACCCCAACCUGGGGUCAAAGGGCUGGCGGACAGCACCCAGAAGAAGAAACCGUUCUGCUGCAAGCCAUGCCACUUCCAGGGCCAGAACGAGCAGGAGUUUGUAGAGCACCUGAGCACGCACAGCAUCAACAAGAUGAUGGUGGUGCACCAGGUGGAGGGACGGAGCAAGAGCAAAGCCAAGGAGGCAGAGUCACGGGAGGCUUUGCCAGGCAGGGAGGCGGAGCAUGGCGGAGAGGCAGAGCCCAGCGGCGAGGACGCAGCCGCCGGCGUAGACGCCAAAGGGCUGAUCAGGUGCGAGCGCUGCGGCUACAACACCAACCGCUACGACCACUACAUCGCUCACCUGAAGCACCACAGCAAGGAGGGUGACGACCACAGGGUGUUUAAGUGCACACUGUGCGCCUACACCACGGUCAGUCAGUACCACUGGAGGAAGCACCUGAGGAAUCACUUCCCCAGCAAACUGCACACCUGCAGCCAGUGUUCCUACUUCUCUGACCGCAAGAGCAACUACAUCCAACACAUUCGGACCCACACAGGUGUGCGUCCAUUCCAGUGUCUUUACUGCGACUACUCAAGCUCCCAGAAGACUCACCUGACCCGCCAUAUGAGGACUCACUCAGGUGAACGUCCCUUCAAGUGUGAGAGCUGCAGCUACCUGGCAGCCAAUCAGCACGAAGUGACGCGUCACGCCCGCCAGGUCCACAACGGUCCCAAGCCUCUGUCCUGCCCCUACUGCGAGUACAAGACGGCCGACCGCAGCAACUUUAAGAAGCAUGUGGAGCUGCACCUGAACCCACGGCAGUUCCUCUGCCCGCUCUGCAAGUACGCCGCUUCCAAGAAGUGCAACCUGCAGUACCAUAUCAAGUCCCGGCACUCCGGCUGCAACGUGGACCUCGAUGUGUCCAAAGUCAAGCUGCGAGUGAAGAAACCCGGUCAGGACGGUGCAGACGACAAGUCGGAGUUAAAAGCAGCCAAGCUGGAUGACUCCCCAGCCAUGGAGGACGAUGUGGACGAGGAAGACGACUCGAGCCCCAUCAAUCUGUCCAUCAGGAGUAGCAGCAGACCCAGCAUCAAACUGCCACAGCUGAGUGAGAUUCCCGACAAGACUGCAAAGAAACGCAACUCCAUGUCUGAGAAGGAGAGACCUGUAAAGGCAAAGGAAGCGGAAAAGAAAGUUUCAACAAGGCAGAAGAAGGUCAAGGAGAAUCCUGUGGAGAACAGGGACGGUAAAGAAGUCCAGACUGCUGCUGGGAAUACUGAUGUCAAAGUGAAGAGACGGGUGAGGAAAGUUCUUACUGGGAAACCAGUUUCCCAGGACCAACCAGAAGAACCUGCAUCCCAGGAAACACAACCAGUGGGACCCGCUUCCCAGGAAGACCAGUCUGAUCCACAGAGUUCUGACCAGCAGAAAUGUAAAGACAGAGACUUGAAGGUGAGUUCCCACAAGGAGAGCAAGAAAAGCCUCAGCAAAACCAGAAAGUCUGAAGCCUUAAAGACUCCAGAACAAACUGAGACACAGAAACCCAUCAGUCCUGAGAAGAGCCAGAAAGGAAAGUGGGUCAAAGAAAAACCCGCUAAAAGGAAAGCAGGACAAAUUCUGGAUCUAUCCCAAAAGUCCUCCAAGAAAAAGUGCCUGAAAGCUCCUGCUGCCAAGAAGCUGCUGUCCAAAACAUCUUCGGAUAGUACCAACGAGUCCAGUCCGACUGAAAAGACUAUCAGAGAGGCACCAUCCAAGCAGAAAAAGACCAGGACCUCCACCAGGAAGACCUCAGCAGUCGGUCCAAAACCAGAUGAAUCGAUCUCUGAAACCAGUCCGUCCUUAGAGGCUAUGAAAGGUUCUGUUCAGCCAGCUGGUUAUGGUGAAAUGGCUUUCUCCAUAGAUGGGUUGACCCAACCAGAACCUGAUGGUCCUCCCAGCAGACCAUCAGAGAAGACGGAAGGUUCCCAUCCCAUCUUCAUCAAACCGUCGGUGCCGCCUCGCCUGCUCCUUCCUGGCCAUCGUGGCAGACCAGCCGACGGCGAGGACGACGAGGGGAUCCACAGCAGCCACGAGGGAGGAAGUGACAUCAGCGACAGUGCCUCAGAGGGCAGUGAUGACUCUGGCCUCAACGGUACGGGUGCUGCUCCAGGAAAGCUGGCCAACGACCCGGAGACGCCCACCGAGGAGAUCCCCACACCCACCGAACUCAAGAACCACACGUGCAUCUUCUGCGACCGCACGUUCCCCCUGGAGACGCAGUACCGGCGCCACCUGAACCGCCACCUGGUCAAUGUGUACUACAUGGACAACGCUGCACCAAUAUGAGCAGGUCUUCAUGGUACCAGACGGUCUAUGGAGGGCCAGGACCGGAAGUGGUUCUGUUGGCUCAGGCUCUGGUCCAAAAGAACUUAAAGUCAACUGAAUGUUUAUAUCUUUGAGUCUGAUACGGUUAUAUUCCAGAGUCCACGGUCCGAAGUUCUGACUGCCGGUUCUGUUGGUAUGAACUCCUGACUGUUGGUUCCGCUGAUCUGAACUACUGGGCCAGUUCUAGUGGUCUGAACUUCGGACCGCUGGUGCUGUUGGUCCUGACUGGUUUCAUGGUGAAGUCAUUCAGUGCCUUAGACAAUCAGCUGCUUCUGACAGGUUCUGGUUCCUGUCCAAAGGUCCAGUUUACAAGACAGUCUGACGUUCCACUAGCGGUUCACAAUGAUGAUGAUGAUGAUGAUGAUGAAGCUUCCAGUUGUGUAAAUAUCUCAGUGCAAUAGACCAUUUAGUCCAGAGGCCAAAGUGAUUCUUUGUUUUAUCAUGAAGUGAAAUGAACUGAAUCGUAUCCUUCAAAGUAAUGCUGAAGGAGGACAUUACGGACCGACGCGGUUCCUGAUGGAUCGACGCGGUUCCUGAUGGACCGACGCGGUUCCUCUGAUGGACCGACGCGGUUCCUGAUGGAUCGACGCGGUUCCUGAUGGACCGACGCGGUUCCUCUGAUGGACCGACGCGGUUCCUGAUGGAUCGACGCGGUUCCUGAUGGAUCGACGCGGUUCCUGAUGGAUCGACGAGGUUCCUGAUGGAUCGACACGGUUCCUGAUGGAUCGACACGGUUCCUGAUGGAUCGACGAGGUUCCUGAUGGAUCGACGAGGUUCCUGAUGGACCGACGCGGUUCCUGAUGGAUCGACGCGGUUCCUGAUGGACCGACGCGGUUCCUCUGAUGGACCGACGCGGUUCCUGAUGGAUCGACGCGGUUCCUGAUGGAUCGACGCGGUUCCUGAUGGAUCGACGAGGUUCCUGAUGGAUCGACACGGUUCCUGAUGGAUCGACACGGUUCCUGAUGGAUCGACGAGGUUCCUGAUGGAUCGACGAGGUUCCUGAUGGACCGACGCGGUUCCUGAUGGAUCGACGCGGUUCCUGAUGGACCGACGCGGUUCCUCUGAUGGACCGACGCGGUUCCUCUGAUGGACCGACGCGGUUCCUCUGAUGGACCGACGCGGUUCCUGAUGGACCGACGCGGUUCCUCUGAUGGACCGACGCGGUUCCUGAUGGACCGACGCGGCUCCUGAUGGACCGACGCGGUUCCUGAUGGAUCGACGCGGUUCCUCUGAUGGACCGAGGCGGUUCCUGAUGGAUCGAGGCGGUUCCUGAUGGACCGACGUGGUUCCUCUGAUGGAUCGAGGCGGUUCCUGAUGGACCGACGCGGUUCCUCUGAUGGACCGACGCGGUUCCUCUGAUGGAUCGAGGCGGUUCCUGAUGGACUGACGCGGUUCCUCUGAUGGACUGACGCGGUUCCUCUGAUGGACCGACGCGGUUCCUCUGAUGGAUCGAGGCGGUUCCUGAUGGACUGACGCGGUUCCUCUGAUGGACCGACGCGGUUCCUCUGAUGGACUGACAUGGUGUUAGCAGGAUGCAAAUUAUGUUUUUUUAGCUGUAAUCUGUCCUCUCAUUAUUUUAAAUAAACAUUUCAUACCGA